AUGAGCAACAACAACUGCUUGUUCAAAGAGAAGAAAACGCUCAGCGUUAUUGUGGAGGAACGUCUACGUCAAGCGGCCGGCCAGGCUUUGGCAACGUGGGUCAUUGGCCAUGGGCCCAAGACUCCUGAGGAGGUGGUGAGCUGCCAGGCACUUCGUGAGAGGUACCUGGAGCCGCACCUAACGACUCAAAGUCAAUACAAGGCACGCCUUGACAUGCAAGCACGUGGUGCACCGGUUCCACCGAUCAAGGGUAUACCCAUUCUCCUGCUCGCAGGCAAAACAGUGAGAAAAGAAGACGAUGCCUUUGUUCACUGGGUGCACUAUGCGCGUCGCCUCAGCAACAUUUUUUCUCUAAGAGCUAGUGCCCAUGCGGCAGAUGUGCGUCUCAAACGCAAGCUUCGGUAUGAUUAUGCCAAGCUUAAGACCAGAGGCCAAUUGCGCAAGCGCACGCGCUAUGCUUCGGCUACUAAGGUAGCCGCGAGUGCUGAUCAGUCUGUGGCCAACAACCUGCCAAUUCGCACCACUAGUGGUGGGGAACGGCCUCGGCCUCGAGAUGACCAUGGCCACGAUGCUCAAAAGCCUCCAAAGUAUAUGGGCAGUCUUGCCGAAGGGGUACCUAAAAUUCCCAUGAGUUUUUAG